GACUGUGCACGAGGACGCGACCAGGCGUUUCGUCCCUAAUAUUAGACUCGGUCGUUGAUCGAUAUUCUGGACCGAAUGUCCAAUUCCAAGCACAAGGGCCAGAGCCCCUCGCGCUUAUCCACAUGCCCGAAUUCAUGUCACAAUAUGCGCUCGUCCGUGAGAGCGGCCUGUCAAGCUGGGCGAAGUCAGUUACGCGACGCACGUUGGCCGUUAUCCGCACAAGAUGGACGGACGAUCUUUUCCUUGCCUCCGAGGAUAUUUAAAGGUGCUUCUUGGCUCUUGAAUCAUCCCAGAGACCUUCCAGCUUGGAGAUAGUUGUCAAGGGCCCUCCUUGUGCAGUCGUUUCUUGACGCUUGUCCUGGGUCGGCCACAAUGACGCGCAGGGAAUACCGCACGGCUGCCAUUGCCCUUUGGGUUUCCAGUGUCGCUGCACAGGGCAACCUGUUGGGUCCGGCCGCGUACACUGUCCCUGGGCCAUUCCCGACAUCUGUGUACCAAUCGUACUACAACGACCCCACCGCAACGUCCGCGGAACCGCAACCCGUCAUAUCGGAUCCUGUGACGCAUGAGACUUAUCCGUACUGGUUAACGAAUCCGGAGACGAUCCCUCAGCUAGACACCGGGGAAACGCAUCCUCUUCCACCGGCAGCAUCCUCGUCGCAGCUGCUCGAUCUCGCCGUCCAGCAGAUCGUCUCCAUCGCGAACAACCCUGCUUUUGGCGACGAUACAUGCACACAGUGCCAAGCUUCGCUCGAAGUCGCCAAGUUCCUCGCCCUCGCUGCUCCCGAGGAGGGUCCCAAUCUCGCUGUGCGGCUGUGUGAGUACUUCGACUACGCGGACGACUGCGAGAAGGAUUACGGAAUCUACACGCUCGGAUCGCCCAUCACGCAGGUUGUGGCGUAUGCGGACGUGGGUGGGUAUGAUGGCCAGAUGAUCUGCUACAACUUUUUGGGAUUGUGUCCAAGUGCUGGGACGAGCCCGUUGAACCUGACUGGCUGGUUUGCCAAACCGAAGCCGGAUCCGCUCCCGCCUGCCACGCAACCCACUGGCGAGCGGCUCAAGAUCCUGCACAUGUCCGACCUGCACAUUGACCCUCGUUACACGAUUGGCGCCGAAGCGAAUUGUACAGCGUAUUUGUGCUGUCGUCCGUCGAGCUACAACGAGUACAGUCCCAAUGUGACGACCCAGCCUGCUCCACGAUAUGGUGCCUACUAUUGUGAUGCACCAUAUAACUUGAUUCUGGCUGCUCUUCAAGCUGUUCCUGUACUGACCGGAACACAGGAGAAUGGAUUCAAUUUUACGAUCUACACUGGCGACCUGGUCUCGCAUGAUGAUGAACACGAGCUGUCAAAGGAAUACACUGUGUACACUGAGACGGUCCUGUACGAUCUCUUGAAACGGCAGAUCAACUCUGGCCCCGUCUAUGCUGUUCUGGGUAAUCAUGAUACGUAUAAUGAAGCGCAGAAUUCCCCUUACAACAUCGGGGAAGAACUGGAAGGCCAAUUCAACUGGGAUUAUGAUCACCUUGCCGCUUUGUGGGAGCUGGAAGGGUGGAUCUCGGAGACGACCACACAACAAGCCCGCACACAUUACUCGGCUUAUUCAGUACAGCGUAGUGAUGGGCUUAGGAUUAUCACUCUCAACACCGAUAUGUGUGAAAGGGCGAACUACUAUAACUACAUCAAUCUUGCGUCGUCCGACAACUCUGGCAUGCUCAGGUUCUUGACCGAUGAGCUGCAGGAUGCUGAAGAUGCUGGUGAUCGAGUUUGGAUUCUAGGCCAUGUCUUGAGCGGCUGGAGUGGUAGCAAUCCUUUGGAAAACCCGACUAACCUAUUCUAUCAGAUUGUCGACCGGUUCUCUCCUCAUGUCAUCGCCGGAUUGUUCUUCGGCCACACUCAUGAGGAUCAGCUCAGUAUUUUUUACGCAAAUAAUGGAACCGUAAUGAGCGCCGAAACUGCUCUCGCAACUGAAUGGAUCUGCCCAUCGGUAACCCCGCUCACCAAUCUAAACUCUGGAUUCCGCGUGUACGAGGUCGAUUCCGGGACAUUCGACGUCCUUGAUGCGUACACCUGGUACGCUGAUGUCAACUCGUUCUCCGAGCUUGACGAUCAGGUCGAAAACGGUCCGACGUACAAUUUUGAGUAUAGUACGCGCGAAGCAUAUGGCGGUAGCAUUACCGAGUGGGGACCCAAUGAUCCUUUGAACGCGACGUGGUGGCACCUGGUCACUGAAGCCAAGGGUGUCAAUCUUCUGAUGUGUUCUGCUCUCUUCCAGCUCUUCAACACCUAUCAGGGCAAGAGUUCCGUCCGCUCUCCCUCGUGCACCGGCGAGUGUGCUUCAGCCAAGGUCUGUUACAUGCGAAGUGGCAGUGCUAGUAUCGCCAUUCAAAACUGCCCGUCUGGCUAUGAUUCUGUUCAAUGA